AUGCUUUCGCCCCAGAAGAAGCUCAGGGGACUUGCCGUCAGCCUGUUAGCCCUCCUGUGUACAGUCAACAUACCUUCACCGGCAAAUGCCGCUCACAACCGCAAUCAAAAUAGUAUCCAGAUAUCCCAAAUACCAAAAGAGAUCCCCAAGUCGGAUUCCUACCAGGUUAAAGUCCGAUCACAGGCCAGAGACGCCACGGGACAUUGGGAGCCGCUCGACUUGUUCCGUGCCAACGUGCACGAAGUCAACGCAACGACCGGAAACACCGUCUCGUAUAAUACAUCGAUCGGGAUCUUUGACUUCAGAGGCCCCAUUGAACUUGCUAUUGAGCCGUCCCGAGGGUCUUUUCCGUCGAUAGAUGCCGUCCGUGUUCGCCCCCUUUCCUACGGCCUGCGGGCAGAUGUCCGUGGCCGCGUCAUCUACUUGUCGCUCACUGAGCCGGCGAAUCUAGUUGUCGAGCUCAAUGGGGAUGUCUUUAACGUAUUGCAUCUAUUUCUAGACAGCUCUGGGAAUGAUAGCUUCGCGGAGGAACAAUUGAUGGAAAAUCCGUCCGUUAUAUACUAUGGCGCCGGGUAUCACGAACUCAAUGACACGGUGAACGUCACAUCUGGACAGACAGUUUAUCUUGCUCCUGGCUCCGUGAUACAAGGGGGUUUCAACUUCGAGAACACGUCGGACGCAGCCAUUAUCGGCCGCGGAGUCCUCUACAGAAGUCCCAGCGACGCCAUCACAAUCGGCUACUCCCAGAGAAUACGCGUUGCGGGAGUCACCGUGCUCAACCCAGGCCACUACUCGCUGAUGAUUGGAUCUAGCCGUGACAUCGCUGUCUCUGGCCUGCGGAGCAUCAGCGCUGUUCAGUGGGGCGACGGCAUCGACGUCUUCUGCAGUCAGGACGUGGUGCUCGAGAAGCUGUUCAUGCGCAACUCAGACGACUGCGUGGCUAUAUACCAGCACCGCUGGGAGUAUUACGGAGACUCGAGGAACAUCACGUUACGGGACUCGUCUCUAUGGGCUGAUGUAGCUCACCCUGUUCAUCUGGGCCUCCAUGGGAACCCUAGCGCCCCGGAAGUGAUGGAAGGGGUGACGAUCUCGAAUAUUGAUAUUCUUGACCAUCGCGAGCCGCAGGUUGAUUACCAGGGCUGUCUGGCGAUUAACUGCGGGGACGAGAACCUACUCAAGGAUAUUGUCUUUGAAGAUAUCCGCGUCGAAGACUUCCGGCUUGGUAUGCUCCUUAGCUUCAAGGUGCUAUAUAACCAGAAGUAUAAUCUGGGGCCUGGGCGAGGGGUUCACAAUGUUACUGUCAGGAAUCUCUCGUAUAAUGGGAUAGGGGGUAACACCCCGGCUAUAGCGGGAUAUGAAAAGGACAGGAGCAUUCAGUUUGUGAACUUCCAGGGCUUGGAUAUUAGUGGUGUGCAUGUCUGGGAUGGUAUGCAGAAGCCAAGCUGGUAUUCCGUGGCUGACUUUGUUCCCAUGUAUAUUGGUAGUCAUGUAGCGAACCUGACGUGGUCAGAUUAG